AUGGAUCUCCUCACCUUAACCCUGGCUCUCUUGGUUCUCCUGACCCCAGCCUGGGGCUUCGACAUGGGCCAGUCGACCCGGUGCGUGCCCAUCCCCCACCAGAUGAGUGUGUGCCAGGACGUGGGCUACUCAGAGAUGAGGCUGCCAAACUUCCUGGGCCACAGCAGCCUGGAGAGCGAAGUGGUUCCCCGCUCGGAGGACUGGAGACCCCUGCUGCAGACUGGCUGCCAUCCCCAUGCCCAAGCCUUCCUCUGCUCCCUCAUCGCCCCCGUCUGCCUCGACACGUUUUUCCAGCCGUGCCGUAGCCUGUGCGUGGCCGUCAGGGACAGCUGUGCUCCAGUACUGGCCUGUCAGGGCCACGUCUGGCCAGAGGCGCUGGACUGUGACCGUUUCCCUGCCCAGGAGGACAUGUGUCUGACCCCCCACCCCAAACACAGCAACAGCCACCUCGCCAAAGCAUUGCCUCAGCCUGCAUGCCAAGCCUGUCCUUCCGUGGAGGAGCACCCUACACUGAAGACAGUUCUGGACGCUCUGUGCCAGGAUGACUUUGCUGUAACAGCCAAGCUGUCUCGCCGGCGCCGGCCCUCGGGGGAGCCAGAGUUUGAGGUGGAGGGUCGGGUGGAGUUUAUCCGCCAGGGCCCCCUGCUUCCCUACGACACCCAGCACCUCCUCCAGCAGUGGCUGCUCAUUAACCUACGGUGUGCCAACGCCCUAGUCCGGCCCGGCCGCGCCCAGCUCUACCUGCUGACUGGGGCGGUGCAGCCAGAAGGCACCCUGGCCCUCACCCGCCUCUUCCCCUGGCACAAGAAGGACCACGGCAUCGCAGUGGCCACACGCAAGUGGAAGCACCACAAGUGUUGA